AUGAAUGGUAAACAAAAAUCUGCUGUGUUCCAAUCGGUCAUGAUACCAUAUACUCCCCAAGCUCCAGAAGACAGUAGGCAUCAUAAAAGGGCGAAAUUGAACGACGGGCAUCAUGCCCAAGAACUCGACCCUGGUUCUGAGUCACCCCCUGCUUUCUCACCUCAGGGAAGUGAUAAUCGACAUCAAAAGACCCUCAGAUCGGGUCGAACUUGGAUACCUACUCCUCUUCAUGAAUUAGAGCCAGAGUGGGCCAGAAAUCGAACCGAAGUAGUCUCCUCGGCGGCUUCCGCGUCUAGUGUCUCGAUAUCAAGUCCAGUAGGACAAACUAAGGAUACGACACCAUCGAACAAGCUUAAAGAGAUUCACGCACCGGUCAAAUUCACAGCAAUCCAACCACCAUCAAACUAUCUAGGAUCACAAAAUGCUAAAGUAACACCCCGUCCCGCCGACAAGUUAUCAACAGAUCGAUUUAAAAAUACGCCAAGAGCAAACGAGCUUGGUAAAGCGGCCAUAGCCCCACGCAAGCCAAAUGCAGCCCAACAACGAUGUAUAGAAGAAGCCAAAGUAGCACAACGUAUAAAGCACAGAGAUAAAAUAGGACAUCAAUUGAUGGCGGAAUUGCUUGAUAUGGGAAAUCGAUCACGAGAUGUUCAAAGUGUAUGUGCUGAUCGAUUCAAAUGGAACAUGGAGUAUUGGCUUGGUUACUUUAAACAAACUACAAAAGUGUUAAUAUUGGGCCCGGUUAGCACCUUAAGUAAAUCCGAAGGUAAGAAAGGGAAGAAAAAGUCUUUAGGUCAAAUGGAUUGGUCGGUAAAAUGUGAGAUGGACGCCUUAGAAUUAUGCAUUUUGAAUAGUAAUGGUGAUCCUCCGACCCGAUCAUCUGAAUGGCUUGAAAGUUAUGCUUCAGAGGAGUUCACUUGUGUGUUCUUUCAUAGAGCCUGCGUUGAAGAAAUCUUUGAUGAAGCCAAGUCCUCGCUAUACAAGAUGACUUCUCAACGACGACCUAGAAUUCAAUUCCUUGGUGCAAUUAUGAUCCCAACCUUGUGCAGUUUAAUCAAAUCAGCAGAACAAACAGAACAAGACAAAAUUUAUUAUCGAUUACGUGAUGCAAAUAAGAUCAAUCCAUUUUUACGAAUCUUUUUACCAAGAAUGGAAGCACCAGAAUCGCAUGAAUUAGACAAAAUUCCAAUAGAAGAUUCGAUGGAAUUAUUAGAUAGUUUUCGUUCAAUGAAUGAUUCAAUUCAUCUUCCUUUAGAAGAAUUUGUUUUAUCUACUGAAAUCGGAUUUCAAUUACUUAAUGAAACUUUUGGAAAAGAUGAUAUGGAUGAAGAUGAUUAUUUUGAUGAUGUGAAUUCUGAAAUUAAAGAAAUUGUAAAGGCUUUGUUGGUGAUUGGAAAAAAAUUAAGAAAUCAUUUUCGUAGGUUUAUUUUACUUGUUGACAAUUCUUCACCUCUUCUCAAGAAACCAGAUCAUACGAGAUUCAGCGGGAUUGAAGUAAUGUCUAUUGAAGCGGGAUGUAAAUUGGCUGAAACCAAUGAAUUUUAA